CCCGCGCCCAAGCCCGCGGUCACCGCCAAGGCGGGCGCUGCCCUGCCCGCCGCCCCCCAGGCCGUGUCGCCGCGGCCGGCGCUGGGCGCUGCCCCCCGCAUGGUGGCCCCGCAGCUGAUCGUGCGGCCGCCGCCGCAGACCACCAUCCAGCUGCCGCCCGGCUUCACCAUCCCGCCCGGGAUGGUCCUGGUGCGCACGGAUGCGGGGCAGCUCGUCAUGGUGCCCCAGCAGGCUCUGGCACAGGCUCAGAUGCAGGCUCAGGUGCAGACCCAGGGACAGGGACCUGCCAGCAUGUCACCCAGGCUUUCUGUGCCCACCACUGGCCCUGUUUUCCGCCUCUCAACAGCUCAGCAGCCAGCAGCCGUGGGGACAUCCGGCGUGCGCCUGGGGCUCCCGGUGCAGGCCAAGGUGGUGCCGUCGCCGGCCGCGCCCGCCAGCGCCACGGCCACGCUGCCAGCAGGGGCUGUGCUGCCCCACACCACGGUGUCAGUAGCUACGACGAGCGCUCAGAAUCUGUUCAAGACCACAGUAGCAACUGGAAGUUCAGCUUCUCAGCAGGCUGCAGUGAUCAGUGGUGGGCAGAGCCAGGGCUCAGCCCAGCCCCAGGGCCAGCCUCGGCUGCCACUCCCUCCUCACACGGCAGCGCAGGUGCCAGCACAGCCCCUGGUCAUCCCCAGCUCUCCUGUGCCUGGAACUACAGUGGUAUCACAGGAAAUGCAAGAGAAUGUGAAAAAAUGUAAAAACUUUCUAGCUACCCUUAUAAAACUUGCUUCUCAUAAUUCACCAUCUCCAGAAACGUCCCGCAAUGUGAAAGCUCUGGUUCAAGAUUUGUUGGAUGCAAAGAUUGAUCCAGAAGAAUUUACAGGCCGCCUUCAAACAGAACUCAAAUCAUCUCCUCAGCCAUAUCUUGUACCUUUCCUUAAGAAAAGUCUACCUGCACUGAGACAAUCUUUACUGAAUAGUCAGCAUUUGGUUUUGCAAGGCCAGCCGUCUCAGCAGUCACUCCAGCAGAGCAAGCUCUCACAAGUUAUACCUCAAUCUGCCUCGGGAAGCAUCUCCUCUGUUGUCACGACGCAGACAAUAGGAAUAAGGCAACCAAACAACAUUUGCACAGUCUCUGUAUCAAAUACAGUGCAGCCUCCUCAGGUUAAGGUGGUACAGUCAAAUCAGAGUUCUCAACUGCAGAUUAUCCAGUCAACAUCUGCUCAAACUGUGAAACGAACCCCUGCUUGCCAGACUACCCAGAUUAGGAUGCCAGUGGUAAUAACUCAGACCAUUAGACCACAAGGCACAGUAGGGAAGGCACCAACAAUACAAGCCAGUAAAAGUCCUGGGGGCUUUGGUGUUCAGGUCUCUGCAAAUCAGAAAAACAAGCUGAAUGACCCUGGAGGUGGUUCUUUCAGAGAUGAUGAUGACAUCAACGAUGUUGCCUCUAUGGCUGGUGUUAAUCUUAAUGAAGAAAGUGCCCGAAUUAUGGCUACCAACUCUGACUUGGUUGGAUCCCAGAUGCAGUCCUGUAAAGAUGAGCCCUUUCUUGCUGCUAUACCUCUCCAUAAACGCAUACUUGAAACGGCUAAAAAACUAGGAAUUACUGAUGUGCCAGCUGAGGUGGUUACUUUUAUUUCCCAUGCAACACAGAGCAGAUUGAGAGCAGUGCUAGAGAAGGUGACAGUGAUAACCCAGCACCGGAUGGAGUCGUACAAAGAUGAUGAAUGGUACGAACAAGCCACAGAUGUCCGAUCACAGCUCAAGUUCUUUGAACAGUUGGAGCGUUUAGAAAAGCAAAGGAAGGAUGAACAAGAGAGGGAAAUUUUGCUGAAGGCUGCCAAGAGUCGCUCAAGGCAAGAAGACCCAGAGCAAGCUAGACUGAAACAAAAAGCAAAGGAGAUGCAGCAGCAGGAGCUUGCCCAGAUGAGGCAGAGGGAUGCCAACCUGACAGCACUGGCAGCCAUCGGUCCCCGCAAGAAACGGAGGCUGGACGCACCCGGGCUGCUCAGCAUGGGAGGAGAGGGCGUGGGGCUGUGCGGGGGCAGCCAGGGGCUGGGCACAGCCUCCCCCAGGCAGUACCCCCGGCAGAAAAUCACACGAGUGAACCUCAGGGACUUCAUCUUCUACAUGGAGCAGGAGCGAGAAAUGAGCCAUUCCCUCCUGCUCUACCGAGCUCUGCUUAAAUAAAGCCAACAGUUGUACUGAAUGCUCCACAGAAGCUCAACUUGCUUUGAAAGCUGUCAUUUUAAUGUGCCUUCUAUUUUUUUCAGAAGUCAACGUUCCAGUAAUUUUGU